AUGGACAAAAAAGGUAACUUUGAUAGAUUAAGAAAUAAAUUGAAAAGUGAUUUAUUUAAGAAUGAGAAUUAAUAAAAAUAGAAUGUUUAAGAAAUUAUCAAUCAAUGUCCAUAAAUAUUAGAAUAUGUUCAUUGCUCAAGUUAAAGUGACUUUAAGGAAGAUGCACCUAAAAUAAUUGAUUAUCUAUCAAAUUAGAAACAACUUGAAUAAAUGAAGCAAUCAUUCAAAAAUAUCUAUUAAAUUGGAAAGAUUUUGGGUGAAGGAGCUCAUGCAGUUGUUAGGUAAUGUUGGUAAAUAACUAAUCCAGAUGAAACCUAUGCUGUUAAAAUUUCAAGGAAUGCAGAUCCUGAAAUAACUGAAAUAAUGAAAUAAACAUUCCUUAAUACCAUGGCUUUAAAUCAUCCUUAUAUUUGCAAAACAAAUAUGCUAUAUAUUGAUCCAAAUAUGGAAUGUUCAUAUUUAGUAAUGGAAUAUUUACCAUAUCCAAGUCUAUAACAUUUAUUAAAGGAAAGACAAACUUUAGAUCUUAAUGAAACCUGUUUAAUUAUAAGAUAAUUAUUUGAGGCUGUUUCAUAUAUUCAUAAAAUUGGAUUAUGUCAUAGAGAUAUCAAACCAGAUAACAUUGUAUUUGAUAAUGACACCAAUACCAUUAAGUUAAUCGAUUUUGGUGUUUCAAAAAGAUUCCUUAUACCUGAAAAAAAUUGCAAAGAUAUCAAAAAUAAUCUUAUGUGGACAGUAACUGGAACAAUGCCCUAUUAAGCUCCUGAAUUAUGGGUUGGUUCUGGAUAUUCAAAAUAGAUUGAUGUUUGGGCUAUAGGAGUUGUUUGUUAUUAGAUGUUAUGUGGUAAAUUGCCUAUUGAUUAAGAAAAUCAAAUGGAAUGUUUUUCUACUUAAUCAGAAUAUACAAAACAUUUUCUCUAACCAGAAUUUCUUAAAUUACCACAUUUAGUCAUUGAUUUUCUCAAAAGAAUAUUGAAAUGGAAUCCAGACAAACGAUUAUCUUCUGCUUGUAAUGAUAUAUAAUAAAAUUUUAGAGGCUCUACUUCAUCCAUGGCUUUAUUAACCUAAGAUGUUCUCUAAGAAUCAAUAAAUGAGAUCAAAGGAUGACAUCGUUCUUGGGUGUAGUGAUAGACCACUUUUCGGUAUUGUAAGGUCUAUGUAAGCAAAUAUGAAAAUAUUACAAUAAUCUGUUUCUAAUUCUAAUGAAUAAUUUAUUGAUAAAAGAGAUUUAACUAAAAAUCAUGGAUAAAUCAUUAUAGCUUAUAAAGAAACCAGUUAGCAAAUCAGAGAGAAAUCGAUUCACUUUUAAUAAUCAAUCCAUUCAAUCAAUCUUACCAAAUGUACUACUAAAUCGAGUUCCGAUGAUGUCAAAGACCUUUUUGAUGUUAUCAAUUUUUGUGACAGCAAUUCCUCCUUUGAAUCUUUAGAAGAAAAACAAUAAUUAUAAGCUCAAUAAUAAAAAUAAGCUUAGCAAUAAUAGCAGCAGAAAUUAGGAUUCUCUUAACGACUAGGUGUAAUAAAAGAGGAACCAGAAACUCCAUAUAGUGAUAAAUUUAAGAAAACAAUUGAAGAAAUGGAUUAGAUUUGA